AUGCCAAAGCCAUUACCUUUGUAUUAUGAACCACCGAGUCUGGGACAAUGGGGUGGAUUUGAUACUCCUUUUCGGACGGCAUUGCGAAAGGAUCGUCCGAAACGUGUAGCCUGCAGCAAAUUAUCGGAUCGCUAUAACCCAACUUCGGGGUGGUAG